CUCUGAGAUUCGUUCAAGGCAUAGAUAACCCCCAGUCCCAGACAGGUUUAGUAUUACUUGUUUGGCAGUGUCCCUCAGCUCAGCAGAUUGGUUUUCCACCACUGGUCCAGCAGUUUAAUUUUGCUAUUCUGUCAACUAAAUAUAGGACCAAGCUGCUGGGCUGCUUUUGCGGUGGCUAGAAAAACCUCUCAGUAUUUAUUUGCAUGUAUCUUUACUAACUUAAAACGCCAGCAGAACUCACUAACAAUUGUAGACUGGAAUAUGCUGAGCAUUGGGCAGUAAACGUUGGACCAGACCACAUAGACGGGCCGGAGUCUGACAUUUUACCAGCAUCAACUUCCAAAGUGUUUUCUUGGUGGGACGUGACUGCAUGCAGAAAAAGAUGGGAGAAGCAGUUGCCAGAGUAGCCAGAAAAGUGAAUGAAACGGUUGAAAACAAAGCAGAUUCGCUUGAUUUGGCAGAUUGCAAACUGAUGACGUUCCCCAUUGCCCUUUACAAAGUCAUGAGGCACGUCUCGGAAGGAAUCCAUCUCAUCACUCUGGCCAAUAAUGAGCUGAAGUCUGUGGCCAGCAAAUUUAUCACCACCUUCAGCCAAGUGAGAGAACUUAACCUGGAAGGGAAUUGUAUCCACCGCUUGCCAGAAGAGGUCCGAACCCUGCUGCACCUGAGAGUCAUCAACCUGUCCAGGAACAAAUUUAGUCGCUUUCCAGAACAGCUGACCUCUUUGCCAGCUCUUGAAACAAUCAACCUAGAAGAGAAUGAGAUCACAGAUGUGCCUGUUGAGAAGCUGGCCACCAUGGAGUCUCUGCAGAGUGUGAACCUCAAGUCAAACCCUGUAAAUGACGAGAUCCGAGUGAUCGCCAGGCCUCUGAUCAAAUUUGACCUCCUGACAUCACCAGCUGUCCCCAGAGUCUGACACGCGAUGGACUUUGGGGCAUGUAGUUGUAAUCAGGCAUGGCUGUAAAGGGAAAGAGAAGGCAGUGUUUGCUGAGCUAGGAUGCUUUCCUAAGGCUGCGCUGCUCCUGCAUGUGUUAGGUUUCGUGGGCUUCCAAAGGAGCAGGAAGCAUGAUGUUCCUGCCAAAUCACGGUGGUCCUUGCUGAACCAAAUCUCUGCUAAACUGUGGAUAGACUGAAAGCACAUCGUGCCUGCAAAGAAAAACGGCUCUCUUUCUCAGCUUUCCUAGGACAUACAACGGUCUCUCCAGUCCUGGACUGACAAAGGUGUGAACAGAAUAUUUUAAGGGUGGAGAACGUGUGGCCCUCUAGAUAUUGCUAGACUACAACUCCCAUUGUCCCUGACCAUUGGAUAAGGUUGAUGGCAAUUUCAGCCCAACCUGUUUUUAAAAACAGUUUCACAGCGUUUUUUUAUACGUGUCUAGAUUCCACCUUGCUGACCUGUGCAACGUGAAAGCAGCAGAUUCCAAAAUCUCUCAGGCGAUUUAUUCCUUCUGCAUCCCAUUCUCUCUCUCUCUCUCUCUCUCUCUCUCUCUCUCUCUCUCUCUCUCUCUCUCUCUCUCUCUCUCUCUCUCUCAUAUACCCACACACCCUUGGCUGAAGGGGGUUCAUGUUGAGCUGUGAGUGGCUGAGUACCCCUUUGCUUAUACCCU